AUGUAUGCAUCGGACGUGCAUAGCGAGCCUAUCUUCAAUGGUCUCAGUUUUCAGUGCAUUUUAGCAGCAGCUGCCGCUUUGGAGGCCCCUGCUCUCCCCCAAGUUGAUCGCGUCGCCGACCGCGGAGAUGAAGAUGGUUGGGUCGUAGACAGUCUACGAAGCCGACAGCCUCGAUGCAGCCAGAAGGUCGUCGAGAGCGAUCCUUUUUAUAAUAAUGGGGUUUGGGACAAGGAGAAGCCGCUCAUCUUCUCGUCCGUGCACGUAGGCUCCCCGUGA